AUGGAUCUGGGCGAGCUCCAGCGCACAAUACCUUGGAAGAGCAGAUAUGCCGUGGAAAUAUUUCUAACUUGUAUACCUGGUCAGUGGCAAGCGAAUGAGCAGCAACUGCGUGACGCCUCGCCGAAUUUCAGCGAGAUGCUCAAGGAGGAUCCCACAGCCGCGGAUGGACGCAGAGCGCCUCGCACCGGCGAGAUCAUGACAUGCCCCACCCUGGCUCGUACAUUUCGCCAGCUCGCAGCCGAGGGCAAGAAGGGCUUCUACGAGGGCCGCAUUGCCGAUGCAAUCGUCCAAGUGAUGCACGAUCGCGGUGGCCAUCUUACACAUGAAGAUCUGAAAUAUCACGUAAAGCAAGGCAGUGAACCUGUCGAGCCGGUCUCUCUGCGCUUCGCGCCCAGCGCCAGCCUAUACCCGGGCGUGGACAUAUGGGAGCUCCCACCGAACGGGCAAGGUAUCGUAGCUCUGAUCGCGCUGGGAAUAAUCCAAGAGCUCGAGAAAUCGGGGCAGCUCACACCUUUUCCAUCGCACAACUCCGCUGAAUACCUGCACCUCCUGAUCGAAUGCCUGCGGAUUGCUUUCGCCGACGGCGCCUGGUUUAUCUCCGACCCGGGCUUCCACGCAUCGCCAGACCUGCUCUGCCCAUCAUAUCUGCACUCACGCGCACAGCUGUUCAACCCCGACACCGCAUCGGCGCCCCUCGCGCACGGUAGCCCGGCCCUGCGAUCCAGCGAUACAGUGUACUUCGCGGUGACGGACGCCGACGGCAACGCGAUGUCUGUGGUAAACAGCAACUACCACGGCUUUGGGAGCGGCAUCGUGCCGGCGAACUGCGGCUUCACGCUGCAGAGCCGGGGGCCGGCUUCUCGCUCGAGGUUGGGCAUCCGAACGCGCUCGCGCCUGUUCGGGGUGAUGGGCGCGUUCAUGCAGCCGCAGGGCCAUGUGCAGGUACUUCUGAACAUGCUAGUUUAUGGGAUGAGUGCGCAGGAAGCGCUCGAUGCACCACGGGUGUGUAUUGGGGGCGGCGUGGCGGAUGGCGAGGGCGUCGUUGACCGGGUCGUUUAUGUCGAGGAGGGGAUUAGCGCAGAAGCAAUUCGGGGUCUAGAGAGCAAGGGCCAUUCUGUGCGUCUGCGUUCGGGAUGGCAGAGAGACAUGUUUGGGCGGGGGCAGAUCAUCCGGAGUGUUGGCGACGGAGGGCAGCGCGUCUUUACGGCCGGAAGUGAUCCCCGCGGGGAUGGCAUGGCGGUGCCGGUGUAG